CCGGACCAGCAGCUCCACAGAGCAGCCACAGCCAUGGACCUCUCUGCUGCAGCCUCCACAUAGACAGCAGAGCUUAUACAUUAUCAUAAGUGUGUUUAUUUGGGUUUAUUUGGGUUUUCUUUUUGGAGAGCAUGUGCGUAAUUACGCGCGGACCUUGGAGGUGCCACCAGGACUAGUUGGGCCAUUAUGCGCCGCAGGGAGAUGAGUCUGAACCGAAAGGCUUAUGGAAUAUAGCCCGGUGUGUCCCAGCCUGUGUCCCAGCCCAGUGAAGAAGAAGCUCAUCCUGCUCAGCAUCAUGUUCUUGGUCUGGCUCUACAUGCUCUACUCCUGCGUGGGCUACUGCGCCACCAUGCCCAGUCUGGUGGCCGACGGCUACCGGGGCAGGAGGACAGAGAGCCUCAGGACCGACCUGGUGUCCAGACUCCUGGCCAAGCCUCAGCCCUGGGAGGAUAUAGAGAGCGACUAUGAGGAGCCGUCCAUCAGGACCGGGGCCACCAGGGACCUUCUGGAUAACGAGCCGGACUGGGAUGAGGUCCGGCAGAGAGCUCCGGAGCCCAGCGCCAUGUCCAGCUUCUCCAAUGGCUCAGGGAGCAAGAAGCUGCCUCAGGCGAUCAUCAUCGGGGUGAAGAAAGGAGGCACCCGGGCUCUGCUGGAGUUCCUCCGGGUUCAUCCAGACAUCAGAGCCGUGGGAGCAGAGCCGCACUUCUUCGACCGCAACUAUGAGAACGGGCUGGAGUGGUACAGGGAGCUGAUGCCCAAGACUCUGGAGGGCCAGAUCACCAUGGAGAAAACCCCCAGCUACUUUGUGACCAGAGAGGCUCCAGCCAGGAUCGCCGCCAUGUCCCGGGACACCAAGCUGAUCGUGGUGGUGAGGGACCCCGUCACCAGGGCCAUCUCGGACUACACGCAGACGCUGUCCAAGAAGCCCGACAUUCCCUCUUUCGAGAGCCUCACCUUCAAAAACAGGACUACGGGGCUCAUCGACACCUCGUGGAGCGCCGUCCAGAUCGGCAUCUACGCCAAGCACCUGGACAACUGGCUGCAGUACUUCCCCAUGGAGCAGAUCCUGUUUGUGAGCGGCGAGCGGCUGAUCAGCGACCCGGCCGGAGAGCUGGGCCGCGUGCAGGACUUCCUGGGGCUCAAGAGGAUCAUCACGGACAAACACUUUUACUUCAACCAGACCAAGGGUUUCCCGUGCCUCAAGAAGGCCGAGGGCAGCAGCAAGCCCCACUGCCUGGGCAAAACCAAAGGGAGGACCCAUCCGAACAUUGACCCCGAGGUGGUGCAGAGGCUACGGGACUUCUACAGGCCCUUCAACAUGAAGUUCUACCAGAUGACAGGACAUAACUUUGGUUGGGAUUGAUGUGAAAGUCAUGAAAGACUGCUUUUUGUUUGUCAAUUUGUCGACAAGUUAUUUUUUUUUCCCUCUGUAAUUCAAUGGCAAGAUACUGAGAUGUUGCUAUAUAUAUGUAAAAUGUACAGAAAUCUAUUUUAUAAUAAUUUAUUUUUAUUUCUAAGCAAUUAAUUCACUAAGCUGCCUAACCAUAUUUGUACAUAACAUCUGGCCCACGUGUUGUUUUUAACAUUCCUCAUUUUAAUUCUGAAUUCUCUCGCCUCCCUCCCUCGGGGUCCUGUAAACUCAGCGGAUUCAUCGGUGCUUCGUAAUGCAGAAAAUCAGCGAUGACUGAAGUAGAAAUUAGGGUGAAAAAAUGUCAAAAGCACCAUAUUACGGGUACAGAGUGCUCACAGAGAAGUGGAGAACACCUAUCCAUGUGCAUCCUCAUUCAUAUAUGCAUCAUACCUUCAUCCUUUUCAAACCCCCUCAUUGAGAGUGCGAUUCUUCUAUAACGUGCGUUUCACCGCAACGCAGACCUUCCAGUUACUUUGCAAUCCAAUUUUCCUGCACUGGCAUAGGCCUUAGCUGCAGAUCUCAUGUCCCUUUCCACUCAAUAACACUUGGAUCAAUAGGCCUAAUUGAUCCUCAUUGUGUCACUCAUGCUUAAAGUAUACAGCUGCCCUUUCCUUUCUCAGUGCUCCUGCUGCCUGCUCUAAUGAAUGGCCCAUCCAUCAAACGGUAAAUCCCAUCCCGGACCACAUAAGGGCCCAUGUUAACAUUAUGCUAAUCGGGUAAAGGUAACUGGCAGAUCGAUCGAGGCCUCCGCUCUCUAACUCCCCAUUAGAAGCAGUGCUGGCUGAGAGCCAGGCCCUCGCCCUAUCCGCUCAGUUCAAAGGUCACACAAAGUCUCAAUCAAAUUUCCUUGAGAGGCAUUUGAUUUGUAGAGCAGAGCCCGAGUGGUGAGGUGCGGGGGGGAGUGGGUGCCUUGUUUUCACUGUAAGAACCAAAAACUUCUUUGCGUGAGGUAGCAGAGGCAUGUCUGCCAGGAGUCGAGCGUAAAGAUAGAAAAGAUGACAACAACUUGGCUUCGCCUCACUGAAAUAGCGCUCCUUCAAACAGAAGUCCACCAAGCCCCAGACUAAAUAGAUCAAAGGAAGAGGAAAGGUUAUGUGUGAAGCACUCUCAGCACGGCAAGAAUUGCCUCAGGCGGGGUGGUCGGUGGGUGGGUGGGGGGGGGGGGUUCUAACCUCUCUAGUCGUCAGAAAAACCUCAUGUGCCAUCGUCCAUGGCCGAUAUACUUUAUGCCUUAUUCACUCAUCCUCACACCUCUCACAACUCUCUACUCGUUGCCAAAAAAAACAAAAAACCUUCGGGUUGAUAUCACGUUUCACACAGCUUGAGUCGCUAUCUCUGCCCCCCCCACCCCUCCCUGCAUCGCCUCUUUGAAUUCUUGAUAUGCAAGAGAACGCAUAGUUAUCACUCUUUGAUGUGCUGCACUGUCCCUUUGCAGCGGUUGGCACGCUAAUAUAUAAAGGCGCAGGGGGGAGGCAGCUAUUGCUAUGCUGUGCUAUGCUACGCUAUGCUACACUAUGCUAUGCUAUGCUAUGCUAUGCUAUGCAUGCUCAAUGUGGUGGCCAUCAUGAAAAUGCAGGGAUAGUGGGAAGGGGUUAUUAGCAUCCAGAGGCUUCAUGUGUUUAAGCAGGGCCCAGACUGAAUGUACAACCUACCCUCACACUAAAAGACCCUCAGAUCAAGUUCAAAGGUCAGAUUGUCACUCACUUAAAGUUACAUGUGAUUGUCUCUCUGUUUCUUUUUCAAGUUAAAAAAAAAAUGCUGUGCCUCUUUGAAUAUCGAAUACAACACAGUUAGCCUGCUCCUGUCAUUAAGACGGAGAGAACCCAAUUCAGCUAUUUCUCUUAUUUUCCAGUUGAAACCAGCUAGCUGGUUUAGCCUCAAACCAAUGUUUGGUAGCAGGGGAGAUGGAGGCUUGUUGUCCUUUACUUUCAUUCAUUUCAGUGAGAAUGUAUGUAGAGAAAGCCUUCAUCCCCCCUUCUCUCCUCAGUGCAAUGUUUGAUUAUUUAAAAAGCAUUUAUGAUAACCUCUCUCAGCAAGCUGUCACAUUCUGGAAGGAAAAGUCUGACGUUUCCCCUGUAAUUGAUGGAGAACUGCAUUUAAAUUCCGGUCAAGUUCAUGUAACUGAGGGAUUCAUGAAAACAAAACAAACAACUCGCACUCACGGGUUUACUCGUGUUGCUGCAUCGGUUAUGGUUGAGUUUUAUUCAACCUGUUUUGAGAUCUAAAAAUGUUAAAAAAUGUUUGUCUUACCCCACAUAUAAUAUGUAUUUAGUCUAGCAGAUCUGUAUGUACAAAAAUGAAAAAGACAUGUAAAUCAAGUAUUUUGUGGUAUGUACAUCAAAGGAAUUAAUUUUACACAAUGCAAAAGUAAAAUGGAACAGAUGUUUCUAGAUGAUUAAAUACUGAACAUUCAAAAUAUUUCUUUGUAUGAAGAAAUAAAUAAAAAGUAUAUAUUUUACCAAA